GUGAUGAGCCUGCUGUACCUCCUCAUCCUCCUGGCUGUGUACACACCUGCACAUGGCACCUGGGACAACUGCAGAGGGACCUGUGGGCAGCGGCCCAUGGCUGACUACGACUCCAUAACUGCUGACUACAGAAUCAUGGCUGGCACAGGGGCCCUGCCCGGGGCCUGGCCCUGGAUUGUCAGCAUCCAGGACCCCAGGAAAGAUGGAAGCGGCCACACGUGUGGAGGGUCCCUCAUCAGCCCACAGUGGGUCCUCACAGCAGCACACUGCUUCCUCCAGGCCAGGAACGUCACCAAGUGGCGCGUGCUGAUCGGGGCCACCCAGCUGAGCCACCUGGGCCCCGAGGCUCAGGUGCGCCACGUCAAGAGGCUGCUGGCCCACCAGGAGUACACGGCUGACUCCCAGCAGAACGACAUUGCCCUGCUGGAGCUGGACGAGCCCGUGGAGUGCAGCAACUACGUGCAGCUCGCCUGCGUGCCCAACGCCUCGCUCACCGUGUCAGAGCUGAAAACCUGCUACAUUGCUGGAUGGAGUUCUGCCAGUGCUAAAGCUCAGGGUGCCAGCGAUGUCCUGCAGGAAGCCAAGGUCCGGCUCAUGGAUAUCCGGCUGGUCAACAGCAGCCGCUGGUACGCCGGGGCCAUCCACACCCACAACCUGUGUGCUGGCUACCCACGGGGUGCCAUGGACACCUGCCAGGGUGACAGUGGAGGGCCUCUGGUGUGCAAAGACAACCGUGCCAGCUACUUCUGGCUGGUUGGAGUGACCAGCUGGGGGAAAGGCUGUGCCAAAGCCAAACAGCCCGGAGUCUACACCUCCACUCAGUACUUCUACAACUGGAUCCUGUUCCAGAUGGGCGUGUGCCCACCUGUGACAGCCACUUCAGUGCCAGACUGUCACAGAGGCUCCAACACCAGCGCCAACCUUCAGCACAACCCCCUCUGUGCAGCCAACACCAACAGAGGCAGGCUGCUCUACUACAGCCAGUACUUAUCAGCCAACUGCAGCAACCAUGCCAGAGAUACCCUGGCCCUCAAAUUUCUCUGUGGAGCCAAUGCCAACAGACUCUCUCUUUCCCACGCCACAUCCGACAUUCCCAGCAAAUACAACAAGGAGACACCGUUCCAGAAAGACUCAAGGCUGAAGAUUGGCCAGACACAUUGA